AUGGAUCAUUCUCUUGAGCUCUUUGUUCUAACCUGGGGUGUCUACCCCCGACGCAUUCUUCUUUACCUAGCUGAGAAAGGUCUACUCUCCUCACCAAUAAUCAAGAUUACGUCGGUCGAUAUCACAGAGAAUGGCUUGAGCGCGCCUGGAAAGCCUCCAGGGAGUGUGCCUAUACUGCGGCUUCCUAAUGGACAAUUCAUUAAGCAGUCAGUCGCUAUCCUCGAGUACCUAGAGGAUAUCUGCGGCAACCCCGAUCCCGAACAAACCUGGCAGGUAGAGCUGGCCAAGAAUGCUCGUGAUACAGGCAGCAUGCGUGGGGAUACUCCGGAGGAGAGAUCUCGUAUUCGAGAUAUGCUUUCUCUUGCGGACGAGGCUACCAGUCUAUUUAGCUUUGCAUGUCACAAGGGCACCGUCCUUUUUGUCAGCAUGGAAGCCACAAACGCUCUGUCCGCAAAGUUUGCACUUGAACUCUGCAAAAAGAAUCUGAAGUUAUUAGAGGAGUACUACGCCGAAGAAGGGCGGUUUGGCAGCCGUGGAAGGGUAUCUAUUGCGGAUUGCUUGUUAUAUUCCCUUUUGCAUUUUGCCAAGGACCUGUACGGUGUCGAUCUUCUCUCGGAUCCAGAAUUACCGAGCAUGAGAAGAUUCUAUGAGCUAUUCGGGAAGAGAGAGAGCGCGAAGGUGGAGGCUGAUCAUUUCCCCGGGCAUAUUAAGCGGUUGGCGAGCCAAUGGCUUCCGGUAGAGUAG